CCCUAUAUGGGCAUCCUGGUUCAAGAUCUCCGUUGAUCAAUUGGGCCGCUCUCGAACUCAAUAUUGACCUAGCGAUGGGUGAUUUGGUCGACAAUCCUCAUCCCUUUGGCAAACUACCUUGUUUGACGGACCGGCAAGGUGAAGUCGGAGUUUUUGAGUCGGGUGCCAUUUUACAAUACCUCCAAGACAAUUAUUAUGAUGAUUCAUAUAACGAGCCUCUUUCUUCUGCCCAAUCAGCUGCUUUGGCAUCGUGGAUUGUUUGGGCUAAUGCCUCAUUGGAACCUAUUUGCCUUUUGGCAGCCGAAGAUGGAAGUAUUGAAGAAACAGGUCUAGUCGAAAGAGACCGACGACAAGGAAGAAGGGGCAGCGGGACAACAAGAAGCAAAAAUCUAAAAGAAAUCGAUCGGCUGGAUAAUAUUCUUGGCAAUCUCUCACGGGAUCAACAACUUUCACCGUCGUCUUCAUCGGCAUACUUAUUGGGGAAUCAAUUUACGCUUGCAGAUGUUGCAGUUGCUUCUUAUUUACUUUUUGCGCUGAGAUUUUUCCCAGAGACAGAUUUAUCUAUGUGGCCGAAUAUUGUUGCGUAUUUAUCAACCUGCGCAARCCGAGAAGCAUAUGGUGAGGCAUUUGGACGAGAUGUGCAAUCAUCUCUACUGAACACAAUGCGAGCAAUGAAUACCAGCAGAGGUUUGGAUAGAAGUAUCAACAGGGGACAUUUGUCCAGUAACAGUUUGACCUUAUAUGGGCAUCCUUCGUCAGUGGGUUCUCCUGUUGUAAACUGGGCAUGUUUUGAACUUGGACUAGAUUUAGUCGUUGGUGAUUUGGCACGUAACCCCCAUCCCUUCGGAAAGAUUCCAUGUUUGACAGUGAGUAUCACCUUCAAGUUUUUUGAGAUAAUUUGUCUUUUUUUGAGUACGACUGACUUAUUUUUUUUUCUGUUUUGUUUAAAAGGAUAAUGAUGGUGAAAUAAUGGUGUUUGAAUCUGGCGCCAUUUUACAAUAUCUUCUUGAUAACUACCAAAGUGAUGAUGUCUCUAACAUGAAUAUGAAUGAAUUUCGAAGACCGGCAGGUUCAUCAGCGAAAGAAUCGGCCGAGAUAAGCAGYUGGAUUGUCUGGGCCAAUGCCCAAUUGGAGCCCCUUUGUUGUAUGGAGAAAACGACAUCUCUAGAACGAUCUCAACGGCAACUCGGCUUGGCUUCCCCGUCAGAAUUUUAUAGCAGACCGGGCAUCAAAUUAGAGCCAUUAGAUGAACUUAAUGAUUUCUUGGAGCGAAAGCAACGUCARCUUCGAGAACAAUUUAGCUCCGUGUUCUUAGUUGGUGAUCAAUUUACUUUGGCAGAUGUGUCUGUUGCAUCCUACUUGCUUUAUAUUCCUCAACACUUCCCUGACACUGAUAUGGCGCACUGGCCUUAUUUGGUAUCUUACAUGAAGGAUUGYGCUCUUCGCCAGGGUUUUUCAGCCGCAUUUGGAUCUAGAACACAAGAUGAUGUUUUGGAUGAAUUGGAUUUUUCUCUACCAAGUGGUGGUCGUGGCAGCCGUGUUGAUCGUGGCAGUGGUUCGAUGYCAUCAAUGAAUCCUACACCAAGAAACGAUAGAAGAGACGAACGUAAUUACGGAAGUGCUCGACCAGACAAUUUUGGAGAUGACAGGAGAAAUCGGGGGAAUGGAGGACGUGGGCAGCUCAUUACACCGCUUACACCAAGAGCUUACUAAAUUCCUAACGAAUAUUUCACUGCUUGCCAAAUUUGAUUUCAAUUGU